AUGAACUACGCAUCAUGGAUUGAGGAGAAGAAGCUCAAGAAAACCUUCAUCGUCGCCACGUUAGCGUCUACACUGGUCGGCACGUUCACGGCGUCUAUGGGACUGUGGGAACGCGUCGCAGAUAGGCGUGAACAGCACCGACAGAAACAGCGCGACUCGAAGCAAGAUGGCGAAAUCAAGGAGCUGAAACAGCAGUUUGAAGACGCGCAGAAAAAAGCAGAAGGCAGACAACAGGAGAUUGAUCGACUGAAGAACGGUGGAGGAGGCGGACAAUGGGGAGGGCGCGAUGACGUAGGAAACAACUUUGAGAGGGACGGCAUGAUGAUUCAAAGAAUGUACGAUCAGGGUUAUGGCAGAAUGGGCAGCCGGUUUGCGCAGGGCGAUGCUAUCGUGGAGAACCAACUGCAAGCGCAGAUUAUUUCCCUCCAGCAAACCGUCAUCAACGUCUUGCAAGACGCCCUCUACAAUGACCGCCAAUUGACCCGUGCCGAUAUGGCCAAGCUCAUCGCCGCCUCGAACCAAGCCCGAGAAGGCUCUAUGGCAGCCCUACAAGAAGCACAACAGCGUCUAGGAGGCUCGCAAGUAGGUGGCGGCGAGUUUCGCCCCGCAUCGCCGGCGCGCUCCUUGGUUCCUUCGCAACACGCACCUAGUGCGAUUAUGGAUGGUCCGGAGCAACUCUUCUGCCGCUACGCUCUCGAUCUACAACACAUGCCCGGUAAACCACUGGCAUCCACGUUCGCCCCCGGAGGCAGCUGCGCAUGUCCCGCAUGCGGCAUUCGUCUCGACGUCACCAGUGAAGAUUUCUGGAUGAUCGGGAAGCGAACACCAGUCACCAUUCUCGACAAGACGUCUGGAUACGAAACCGAUAUCAUGGAGACUCGGGAGUUUCGCCUUGCCCAGCGCUUCGUUAUCAAGUGUCAUACUCCGGAUGGCGAGUACGCGUGCACAAUCUGUAGCAGGGGCAGGGAUGUAGAUGCGAUCUGCCGAACAGUAGACAGCCUGGUCAAGCAUGUGGGAACAUACCAUGAUGUGAGCGAGCUGGAGAGAGAAAUCGACUUGAGGGAAGCCAAGGUUGAGACGAGGAGGUUGAGUCUUCCUGCGCCACGAGCACCUAGUCCACCAAGAAGCGUACUUAGGGAGGAGGUGAUUUAUCGAUGA